AUGUCUGCAGCCAGACUACCCAGCACGAUGCGUGCCCUUCUGCAUGAUCAGAAGAAGCAGACUCUGAGCAUCGCCUCGACUCGGCUCCCGAAUCCAUCCCCGACCCAAUACCUCAUCAGACCACACGCUGUGGCCCUGACAGCAGGCGAACUCCUCUGGCCUCGCCCGGAAGAGCUCACCGUUUCAACGCCUGGCGUCGAAUUCGUUGCCCAAGUUGUCGCAUCUCCGUCCUUUAGCUCCAAGUUCAAGCCAGGAGACGAGGUCUACGGGCGUGUCACUUACCCACAGCCCGGAGCUGCAAGGGAAUACUCACUGUCUGACGAUACCGAGCUUGCUCUCCGCCCAAAAAAUCUGUCCAUCAAUGAGGCGGCCACCGUGCCAGUGGGCGCCUUGACCGCGUGGCAGGCCUUGUUCGAGCAGUUCAAACUCAACCCGCCAGACCUCGACCCGAUAGGGAUACCCAUCCAGGGACAGCAGCGCAUCCUGAUCACCAAUGCUUCUGGCGGUGUCGGAAUCUGGGCCGUCCAGCUCGCCAAACUCAUCGGCCUAUACGUGGUCGGCACCACCGGGCCCAACAAUCUUGACUUCGUCCGCUCUCUCGGCGCAGAUGAAGUCCUCGACUACCGCAUCACGAACAUCCGCUCCUGGGCCGAGGAAGAUCCGGCCACGCGGAAGGUGGAUUUCGUCUUUGACUGCACUGGCCUCUCCUCGCUCGAGCAAGCAUGGCAUAUCGUCAAGCAAGGCGGGCAGGUGCUGACCAUCGUGCCCCCGGCGGACAUGCAGUGGAAGUUUACCCUGGCUCGUCCCGAAGGUGUCGACGAGAGCGUGACGGGGAGGUUCUUCGUCAUGCAUCCCUCUGGAGAGCAGCUGGGCAGGAUCACCGAGCUCGCGGAGCAGGGCAAAGUGAGCGCGGUGGUGGAUAGCGUGUUCAAGCUGGAUGAGUUUGAGAAGGCGUUUGAACGACUGGGCAGUGUGUGA